CUCUCUCUCCAUUUUAUCCAUAUACAUACAUAUAUAUACAUACACACACAGUACACACAGUACAUGAUUGAAAUACUUCUUAACCGCUUCAAGUUUUUCUUUUGAAAUCUGAAUCCAUAAUGGGAACGCCAUUGAAGAAGAUUCAAGCAAGAGAUGGAGGAGGAGUUGUUAUAAUGCCUGGUACUGUAAACCAGCUAGAACAAUCGGGACAAUCUUCAAAGAAUAGUGUAAAGAAUUCCGCACUCAAGUCACCGAUUUUGAUUUUCUUGUUCUUCCAUAAAGCUAUACGUUCUGAACUUGAUGGUCUUCAUCGCGCCGCUGUCGAAUUCGCUACUAAUCAGGAUAGUCAUAUCAAGCCCUUGCUAGACCGAUACUAUUUCCUUCGUUCGAUAUAUAAGCACCAUUGCAACGCUGAAGAUGAGGUUAUAUUUCCAGCACUUGAUAUACGUGUGAAGAAUGUGGCAAGGACUUAUUCACUUGAGCACGAGGGAGAAAGUUUUCUUUUUGAUCAACUCUUUACUCUACUGAAUACAACUACGCACACCAGAGAAAGCUAUAGGAGGGAGUUGGCUUCUUGUACAGGAGCACUUCAAACAUCAAUUAGCCAACACAUGUCAAAAGAAGAAGAACAAGUGUUCCCUCUGCUUAUCGAAAAGUUUUCAUUUGAGGAACAGGCAUCACUUGUCUGGCAGUUCUUAUGUAGUAUUCCUGUUAAUAUGAUGGCAGAAUUCUUGCCUUGGUUGUCUUUGUCCAUAUCUACUGAUGAAUGUCAGGACAUGAGGAAGUGCUUGAGCAGAAUAGUCCCUGAAGAGAAGCUUCUUCAGCAGGUAAUUUUCACCUGGCUGGAUGGAGACAAGGCUAAUAAAUCUAGUUGUUGUGAAGAUUAUUCUGCUCACCAAACUUCUCCUGAUUAUAGGAGAUGUAAAAGAAAGUGUUUGGAAAUUAUUCCUGAGAUUGAAGAGUCUGUGAACCCUAUAGAUGAGAUCUUGCAUUGGCACAGGGCUAUAAAAAUAGAGUUGAAUGAUAUAGCUCAAGAAGCCAGGAGAAUAAAGUCAUCUGGUGUCUUUUCUGACUUAUCUACUUUCAAUAAAAGACUGCAAUUCAUUGCAGAAGUUUGUAUAUUUCACAGUCUCGCAGAAGAUAAACUUAUUUUCCCAGCUGUAGAUGUUAAACUUUCUUUUGCCCAGGAGCAUGCUGAAGAAGAAAGUCAAUUUGAGAAGUUAAGGUGUCUGAUAGAAAACAUUGAAAGUGCUGGAACUAACUCCUCUGCUGAGUUCUAUUCAAAAUUGUGUUCACAUGCAGAUCAUAUCAUGGAAACCAUAGAAAAACACUUCCAGAGUGAGGAAGCUCAGGUUCUUCCUCUUGCACGGAAGCAUUUUAGCCUAGCACGCCAACGAGAACUUCUAUACCAAAGUUUAUGUGUUAUGCCAUUGCGGUUGAUUGAGAGUGUGUUACCAUGGUUUGUUGGAUCACUUAGUAAAGAAGAAGCGAGUCUCUUCCUCCACAAUAUGCAUCUAGCAGCUACAACAUCAGAUGAUGCCCUAGUUACACUAUUUUCUGGAUGGGCUUGUAAAGGUGGUCCAACAGAUAUGUGUUUAUCUCCUAGCUCUUACAGUUGCUGUUCUACAGAACUACAGAAAAAAUUGAAGGAAACAUCAUUGUGUAAAGCAUCUUGCCCAUGCACCUCUCUUCUUUUGAGUGAAAAGUAUACAAGACCAGUCAAGCGUCACUUGACUGGAUAUUCAAGUAAUUUGGUUGAUAGAGGGCCUUAUAAUAAGCAAUCUUGUUAUGUUCCUGGUCUAGGAGUGACCACCAAUAAUCUGGUUACAAAUUCUCUUUGCACAGUAAAGUCUCUUCGAUCCUUCUCGUUUAGUCCUUUUGCUCCCUCCCUUAAUUCUAGCCUUUUCAACCUGGAGACUGAUAUGAGCCCAACUGACAACUGCUAUGCAAAUCGACCAAUUGAUAGCAUUUUUAAGUUUCACAAAGCUAUCCGUAAAGAUUUGGAGUAUCUGGAUGUUGAAUCUGGAAAACUAGUAGAUUGUGAUGAAACCUUUCUAAUGCAGUUCAGCGGAAGGUUUCGUUUACUGUGGGGAUUGUAUAGAGCACACAGUAAUGCUGAGGAUGAUAUAGUGUUCCCAGCCCUGGAAUCAAAAGAAACACUUCACAAUGUUAGCCAUUCUUACACCUUGGAUCACAAACAGGAAGAAAAACUCUUUGAGGAUAUAUCUUCUGCCCUUUCUGAACUUGUUCAACUGCAUGAGAACUUUAUUAAUAAUAAUGCAAAUUCAAGUAGUUGGAGGAAAUACGAUGAGCUAGCAAGAAAGCUUCAGGGUAUGUGCAAAUCAAUAAGAGUGACGUUGGAUCAGCAUGUUUUUCGCGAGGAGCUUGAACUUUGGCCAUUAUUUGACAAACACUUCUCUGUGGAGGAGCAGGAUAAAAUUGUUGGACGUAUAAUUGGCACUACGGGUGCAGAGGUGCUACAAUCUAUGUUACCAUGGGUAACCUCUGUUCUAACUCUGGAGGAGCAGAAUAAAAUGAUGGACUCGUUAAAACAGACAGCAAAAAACACUAUGUUUAGUGAGUGGCUUGAUGAAUGGUGGCAAACAACUCCAGCUGCAUCUUCAGAGGUCUCUAUGCCUGAGCAAAGUGUUUCUCAAGGUACUGAAUCCGCAUUGGAUCAGAGCGAUCACACUUUCAAGCCUGGUUGGAAAGAUAUCUUCAGGAUGAAUCAAAGUGAGCUUGAAUCAGAAAUCAGAAGGCUUUCCAGAGAUUCCUCUCUUGAUCCAAGGAGAAAGGCUUAUCUUAUCCAAAAUCUUAUGACAAGUCGCUGGAUUGCUGCCCAGCAGAAAUUGCCUCAAACAAGGAUGGGUGAAACAUUGAAUGAUGAAGAACUACUUGGAUGUUCUCCAUCUUUCCGUGAUCCUGAAAAACGUGAGUUUGGAUGUGAGCAUUACAAGCGAAAUUGUAAACUCCGUGCUGCUUGCUGUGGAAAGUUCUUUACAUGUAGAUUCUGUCAUGAUAAUGUUAGUGAUCAUUCAAUGGACAGAAAGGCGACAUCUGAAAUGAUGUGCAUGCACUGUCUGAAAAUCCAGCCUAUUGGUUCAGUUUGUACAACACCUUCUUGCAAUGGAGCCCAGAUGGCAAAAUACUAUUGUAGUGUCUGCAAAUUCUUUGAUGAUGAUGAAGAAAGGAGCAUAUAUCACUGCCCUUUUUGUAAUUUAUGCCGACUUGGGGAAGGACUUGGCAUUGAUUUCUUUCACUGCAUGACCUGCAAUUGUUGCCUUGGGAUGAAAUUGGUGGAUCAUAAAUGCAGAGAGAAAGGUUUAGAAACAAACUGUCCCAUAUGCUGUGACUUUCUCUUUACCUCAAGCGCAACCGUCAGAGGUCUUCCUUGCGGCCAUUUCAUGCAUUCAGCUUGCUUUCAGGCCUACACGUGCACCCAUUAUAUCUGCCCAAUUUGUAGCAAAUCAUUGGGAGAUAUGUCGGUAUACUUUGGAAUGCUUGAUGCUCUAUUGGCGACUGAGGAACUUCCAGAAGAGUACAAGGAUCGUUGUCAGCAUAUUUUAUGCAAUGACUGCGAUAAGAAGGGAAUGUCGAGAUUUCAUUGGCUAUAUCAUAAAUGUGGCUUUUGUGGGUCUUACAAUACUAGAGUAAUCAAGGCUGAUUCCAACUCCUGUUGCUAAGACUAACAUCAAGCAACAACUGGGUUAUGUUUAUUUUGUUUUAGUAAUUCAGGAUCUUGAGUAUGUUUUUUUGUAAAACAUACUCUCCUCCAUUCCUUAAACCAUACAACUUUUUAUUACUAUUCUUUAUGUCAACAUGUAGAAGUCUGUUUCAAAACAGUUUCACAGGUGUAAAAUUGGAAACCGGAGUUCAUUUUCAAAAGAACCAGAAGAGCUGAUGUACAUUAAAACACACAUUGGUCCAGUCUGGAAUUCGAAUAUGAUAUAGAAGAGAUUGAAUUUGGAUUUUUGAGUUUUGUAUACUCUUCUUUUUGUCUUUUUCAAAUGGCUACAAUUAUAGGUAACGUGAUUUAGCAUUUCUUACCAUU